AUGGCUACAAACAAAGGAACCCCACUUCGCCCGGGGCCAAUUGAAGUAUAUCUGUUUAGUCUAACAGAUGAGAAUCAAAAAAGUAUUGCCCCGGGCGACUUUGAGCGCCACUGGGGCAUUUUCAGGUAUGACGGACAGCCUAAGUUCCCGACGGACUUCACCGGGAAAGGUCAGGACAAAAUGCCAGUUGGAGCAAAAAAUGUACAAUACCUACCACAGCAGUGGUGCGUGUUAAACAGUGACAUAAAGAACAUGAGCCUGGUGCCUGAAAAUGUUAACUUUGCCUGCUCAUUGUUCGAUUGCACAAGCUUGACAUACGGAUCAACGUGCAAUAAACUGGAUGUUCGUGGGAAUGUCUCGUACGCAUUCAAUAUGUAUUUCCAGAUGAAUAAUCAGGACGUCGAGGCAUGCGAUUUUCAGGGUCUGGCCAAGAUUGUGACUCGAAAUGCCUCACAAGGGGACUGCCUCUUCCCUAUACAGAUU